AUGAAUAACAUCGUAUUAUCACUUUCGCUUUUGGCACUUCAGGUGUCUAUGGUUCUGGGUUGGGGGUACCGCGCCUCUGACCAACGUCGUUGGGCCGUACUCCAUCCAGCAUGCGGAGGUCGCCAACAAUCACCCAUCGCUAUAUCAGCUCGUCAGGCUAUUCCUAUUUCGAUCCCCGCUAUGGAAUUAAUUGGCUACCAGAAUCCCCUGCCUGGUCCCUUGACUACUACUAACAAUGGUCAUUCCGUCGCUCUAGCCAUCCCGAAAUAUUCAUCCGAAGAGGAAAAGAAAGGUUUUCGUCUUCCAUACAUUUUCGGGGGUCCCCUUGACAACGAAUAUGAAAUUGAGGGUCUUCACUUCCACUGGGGUGACAAGAACAACCGUGGUUCGGAACAUACACUCAAUGAUAUGCGUCUGCCUUUGGAAAUGCACAUUAUCCACAGAAACAAGAAAUACAGAAGUCUCGCGGAAGCUCUCCAGCACCCAGACGGUCUUUGCGUUCUUGCUUUCUUCUACCAGGUCGUGGAAUUCGACGCUAAACUGUUAACUCCCAUCGUCAAGAACUUAUCUUCUAUCGAGAACUACAACACCAGUAUGCAACUUCCACACACUUUCUCGCUCUCUUCUAUUCUUUCUGGACUUGACACUGAACGUUUCUACACAUACAAGGGAUCCCUUACCACUCCACCCUGCGCCGAGGCCGUCACAUGGGUUGUAUUCUCCGACUACCUGCCAAUUUCUGUAUUCCAGAUGGACAAUUUCCGUGGCCUGCUCUCCAACCUGAACUUGCCCCUUGUUGACAACUUCAGACAACUGCAACCACUAUUUGGUCGUCGUAUCUUUGUUCGUAUUACUUCAAAGAACCCUAAAUUCAAGAAGACCAAGCUCCACUACUCAAAGUGGGACUGGGUUGGCCACAAGAAAGCAGAAAAUGACGUCAACGAAUUCGAUGACUAA